AUGUAUACACCUGCCCGUAAAUUGAUUGGACGUCAGACUGAUGCGGUCACGGGGCCUGAUGGCAUUGCCUGGAUGCUCGGCCUUCUCCCAGGCGGUCCUGGCGUCACUGCCUUUGACGCGGUCGCUCACAUGAUUGAAGAGAUCCCUCACGCUGCUUCUGAAGGGCCCAGGAUCAUGGUCGUUUGCGUCGGCAUCGGCACAUUCACCGGCGCAAUCCUCCUCAUCGUUUUUUUGUUCGUCUCAGGAAACAUUGACGACGCUGUCAGCUCUCGUGCCGGACCACUCCUUCAGAUCUUGAUCCACGCAACGAAGAGCAACGCCGGGGCUAUGUGUUCACUGAUGUAG